UGCUCUUCAGUUUAGGGUGUGGCUACUCCAUUUCAUAACACAAGAAGAUGGAGAGAGGAAGCGUAAGGGCUCUUGUAAUGGUUGGUUUAGUUAUGGGGAUGCUUGUAGGACAGUCCACAGCCUCUUUCAAGGACUGCUAUACCAAAUGCUUCAUUUUCUGUAUAAUCACACCCAACAAUACUGCUUUCUCAUGCUCUCUGGAGUGCUUGAAAGAUUGUGUCAUUCCAUCUCAUCCCUUAGAUAUCCAGACUGCAGAUACCACUUACUUCUGCAAGUUCGGAUGUGCUUCCUCCCUAUGCACCAAUCUCAGCACCAAAAAAAAACCAGCCGGAGAGAAAGUGGAAAGCUGUGUGAAUUCUUGCUCAAACAAAUGCACCGAGUACCACCCAUCUCCUUCAAAGACACAGCAAUUCAAUCCAGCAAAGCCUUGAUAAUAUUCCAACUAUAUUGUGAUCGGGUAUGCUUGAAGAAGUAGUCAUAUAUGUGUAAUCAAUCAAAUAUAACUCCUCGUAUAUUUCCAUACCAUGUUUCUACAGCUUCAGUACUUUAAAUGAAAGAUGAAUGGUUUUGCUAACAGGCAUCA